AUGGAGGAGUACCUUCGAGAGGUGCGGACGCAGCCGUUGCUUUUGGUAUCGCUGCUGGGCGCCACAGCCCUACAGCCGAAACUGACUGAGGCGCUGCACGAUGCUGCUAUUGCGGCCUGCGGAGCGAAGCGCACAAAGUAUUUGUCCUCUACGUAUGACAUGCGCAUCCUGCCCGCAAAGCGUGGUGGUCGCGACUCUCCUGGCUACCGGGUAGAAGGCAUUCUCAAGCGACGCUGGUUAGAAAAGUUGUGCAGUGGGAUCCCCGCAGUGCUUGUUCUUUGCGUGGACUGGUCGGAAGAUCUGCGCCAGCCAGAGCAGGAAGAGUCCCAGGUACUUCAUUACUUGCAGCACGCUCGCCGACAAGCAAAGGAACGCGACCUCCGGCUGCUGAUUUUCAUCGUUCUCCAUGAGAGCACAGCGGACCCAGAGGCGUCUUGCGCGUUCCUCCGCAAUCAGCCAGAGUUUCCUGGACUGGUUGUUGCCAUGGGGACAAGCGAUCUGUCGAUGAAGGCGCCGAAACUCGAGCGCCUCAUCUAUCAAAGCGCUAUGUCCUUCUAUGCAGAUGAGGAGAAGAGGCUGCGCAAGCCCUGGAGCCCCAAAGUCCCAGUGUCGGCAGCAGCGCAAACUGCCAUGCAGGUCAGGAUGCAAUUCAAGGUUGCCUUCCUGAACGAGUUUCGCAAAGACGUCCGAGCUGCCUUGACGGCUUACAUCAAGGCCUAUGAACUGCUGCUCAUUGACUCAGACAUCAUCGACCCUAUAGAGCGGAUGGACUUGUGUAAUCACAUAACCAUCAGGAUGUAUGAGAGAUAUUUUGCAUCACACGAUGUGGGGGCUGCCGUCCAUCACUGCCGCAUACAUACCUCUUCAAUCAGAAAGUGUGCUGCUGAUGAAGAUGAGCUCGUGUGGCGCAAGUGGCGCUGGCUCUCUUUGAAUCAUGUGAUCUUCGGCGACUUUUUGGACACAAUGUCGCAGAAGGCCCCUAUGCUGAUUGACCAAAACGACAUUUGGCAGUUCCCGGGCUUCCAUUACCAGGCUGCUGCUAGCUACGCCCGACGCUUGCGCGAAUGGGCACUGCGAUGCCUCGAGCCAGGGCAUUUGCCACCUUGCUCCGAGCAAGGUGGGGAGCUGAGGCCUUCGCCCUUCCUGGGCCAGGCUGGAGUUUUGGAGCGGCCCAACGAGGUUGAGGCUCCUGCCAGAGAGGUGGUGUUGCGUCUGGCACAUGCGGAGGCGAAGCUGUGCACAGAUCACGCAGACCGCAGCUUGAAGCUGCUCAUCCGGUCGCAGGCUGCAGCGAAGGAGCGCGGCUACAAGGCCUGGAUCACGGCAUCCCAAGCCCGCGUGGCAGAGGCUUACCUUUGUGAGCCUGGCAGCGGGCAUCAAGAAGCUGCCCGCAAUCUUUUUGAACGUCUGCGACAGAUGCCAGCCCCUUCCUGGCCAUCGCUGCAAAGAUUUUCCCUGGAGCGCUCGUUGCUCUGCUGUAUUACUGCACUGGGCUUGCCAGUUCCGACGCUUUGUUCGUCCACCCGGGCUGUUCCAGCCAGCACUUCUGCGGACAUGGAAGCAGAGGUUUCGCCGUCUCAGGAUCUGGCAACCCUCAGAAGAAGCUUAGUCCAAGAUGCCUUCGAAUACCUGAAGCUUGCAGAAACUGCCGUGUCAGACAACCAGAGCCAAGCUGAAGAGCUACUGAGCUUGGUGGCCAGUGCUGCCAAAGAUGAGGAGGCAGGCAGCAUUGAGGUACAGUUGGCCCAGUGUCAGGUGACCUGGGACGGAAGCCCUGCAGAUCCCGAUGCCUUCCAUGUCGUCUUUGGUGCGCUGGAGCUGCCCAUUGGUUUGGACCUGUCGAGCUGCUCUGCCAGCACCACGAGUGGAGAUGUUCCUCUGACCGUGGAUGCUGCAGAAGGGCAGAGCUGGCAGGCCUGGCAGCCCCUCCAGCUUCGCGGAUCCCUGCCGGGCGUGGCUGCAGCUGUGACCACGGUCCGCCUGACCUGGGCGAGUGCCGCCUCCGUGGUCUUUCUAGGCACCUGCGAGCCAAAGCCGCCAAGUGCGACCGACUUGAUCAGCGAUGCUGGCCGCUACUCCGGCUUUCCGGCCUUCAACCUCGCGGAUGGCACUUUGAAUGCCAAGCAAGUAUCCCAAGAAGGGGUGCGGAAGCCUAGCGAGGUCCGGAUCAAGCUGCAGUCGGAAACAGUCUUCCCAGUGGAACCCGUAGCUGGCUUGGUGUCGGAGUGCUUCAUGUUCUACGUUGUGAUCUACGUGGCGCCUGAGCGGUCACCUGUGGGAUCCUGCCAACUGAACCUUGCCUGCCACCCGCGCUUCAGCGAGGAUCUAGAUGAGACCAUUCCUGCGCACCUUGCAGACAGGCCAUCAGGCUUGCGGGUGGACCUGAUCAAAGCUCCCAUUGCCACAAAACCCUGGGAACUGGAACCACUUGACACCUCCGGUUCGAAUAUCGUGGUGGCAGACUUCUCCAAGGAGGGUCUCAAGGCCUCAGGCUUCCUGAGCCUGGGAGGCGAGGAGCUCGCUGCAGCUCCACUGAGGCUCAGGGCCUGCUCUCCGGGAGCACACUACAUUGCCUUGCCACUGGCGGUGCGCUGCGGACAUGCCUGCGGUGUGUCCAUCGGGAUUGGGAUUCAGCAGGUGGGAGGAGAUGCGGAGGCGCAGUGCUGGACCCCACAGAUGCGGUUCAAGCAUGCGGUGAAGUUGCACGUUACAGAAGAGCGUCUGGUUGCGGCCAUGCUGGCUCAGAAGCCUGUGUCCUUCUCCUUACGAGGACAAUUAGCUACAGCUGUCGAGACUGUGAAGGCAGAGGUUCAAUUCACUCCAGAGGGCGCGGAAGGUGAGCGCACAGCGGCCUGCUUGGGCAAAAUGGGCCAGAUGCAGCCUGGGUCUUCUCACGCCUUCCUUUGGCCUGUUGAGACAGGAUUGAUCUUGAAAUCGCGGCCUCGCCUGCGGAUCGGCUUCCAGCGACACAAGGCUUUGCAAGCGUUCUUCCCCUGGAAAGACAUGACCAGCGACUGGCCAUCCAACCCUUUGCCUGCAGCUGUUGUUGAGUGGUUGCUGCCUGCACCGACAUCAACUGCUGUGAGCGCCCAGGCUAUGCAAGUGGAACUGCAGGUUAACAGCACAGGGACAGUGGGAGUUCCACUUGCAGUUCAUGUCCGCUUAAAGGACGCCAGAUUCGUGGAUCACGAAAUCAAGAUCAGGGUCCUCCAAGGUGAAGGCGAAGUUCCUGACAGGUACCUCCUGUCUGGGCCAGUUUGCUAUCAGGCUGCUUGCCUCACGUCAGAUGAUCCCAACAAUGUCAUUCCUCGCUUUUCGCUCAUUCCGUUGAAGACUGGAUGGCUUUCAUUGCCCCGCGUGCAAGUCACCUGGGGGAGCCAAGAUGCCACAAGCACGCCAAGCUCAGUCUUCAUCGUCCCAGCGCGGCCUGCUCUGGCACGAAGCCUCGCUUGA